CAGGAGGAGCAAUGGCUGCUUGGCCCGGGGAGCUGUGGAAGCGCUGGUCCAUCCAGAUCCUUGUGCUCCUCAGCCUCGGGCUCCAGGUCGCCCUCUUCCUCUUUGCCGGGAUCCGCAGGCGCGGUGCCCACCCGGUGCUGCGCUCCCUGCUCUGGCUGGCGUAUCAGCUGGCCGACUACACCGCCACCUUCGCCCUCGGCCACCUCUCCCUCAAGGGCGCCCCACGCGAUCACCCCAUCGUCGCGCUCUGGGCGCCAUUCCUCCUGCUGCACCUCGGCGGCCCGGACAACAUCACCGCCUACUCCCUCGAGGACAGCAAGCUGUGGAAGCGCCACUUGCUCCAUGCCGUCCUUCAGGUCUCCGGAGCCGUCUAUGUCCUCUACGAGCACAUCGCCGACCGAGGAGCAUCGCUCCUGCUUGCCUCCGUCCUGAUGUUCGCCAUCGGUGCUGUCAAGUACGGGGAGAAGACGUGGGCGCUCAUGCGCGGCAACCUGGACAGCAUCCGGGGCUCCAUCGAGAAGCAACCGCCGGCCAUGCAUGGGCACUUCCACCCUCAGGAUAGAGUGUUGAAGGACGAGGAGUUGGACGAGGAGUCCCUCGUGCGACGAGCUCACUCGCUGUUCCACAUAUGCAAGCGCGCCGUGGUCGAUUAUCCGGUGAUGGAAGACGACUCGCACGGCCAAGACACCACCAAGAUGAUAGGCGAGGUCAAGUUAUGGCGAUUGAUGGAGACGGAGCUGUCCCUCAUGUAUGACACGCUCUACACCAAGGCACCCGUCAUCCACACCUGGUUCGGCUACUCGGUACGUCUCGUCUCGCCGCUCGCCAUUGUCGCCUCGCUGCUGCUUUUCAAGCUCAUCGACAAGGACGACGACAACCGCAGCGUCGACGUCUACAUCACCUACGUGCUGUACGGUGGUGCCUUGUUCAUGGAGACGACGUCGCUGCUCAACGCCCUAGGCUCCUCUUGGACGUUUGCCUUCCUGAGCACCACCAGAUGGCGCUGGCUCCGGUACGCGGCUCUGUGUAACGAAAGAUGGGAUCGGCUUAGGCGCGUGGUUGCAUACCUUCACCAUCUUGUCAGGGUAGGAGGAGGCAGCCGGUACACAUCAAGGAGGUGGUCAUACACCAUGGGACAGUACAACAUGCUGCACUUCUGCACUCGCUCUGUCACCAGGCCUCUGCUCGGCAGGCUGGCCAAGAUGGUUGGGUUUGGUCUGAACGAGGUUUGGAACAGGGAGCAUCACUCAUGGGUCAUCGACAUGCCGGACCAUGUCAAGGAUUGCAUCUCUAGACACAUGAACAAGAUGUACAAGGAGGGGGCCGUGAACUCGCUAGGCAUGCUCAGGAACAGGUGGGGUAAGGAAACACUGGUCAGCAACAAGCUGUUCACCGGCAUCUUCAAAGACUCCCUCGGCGUCGAGUUCCAGGAGUGCAUCAUCAUCUGGCACGUCUGCAGCGAUGUUUUCCUCGCCAAGAGCGAUCGAGCCAAAGAAGAGGAGGCAUGGCUCGACGUGGAGGCGAUCAGGGUGAUAUCCAACUACAUGAUGUUCCUUCUCGUGGAGCAACCGGAUAUGCUACCGGGCCUCCCACAGAACAGGAUGUACCAACGAACCUGCGAAAACCUGGUCAAGAUCCGGCGAUCGACGCACAGGCGUCAGAGCAUGAACCUCGGUGCCACGCUCAAGAACCUGUUCCGCCUCCACGAUGACCCUGAAUCUAGCUCCAGGAUCGCCGACAGGGAGGAGCUUGCAAGAAACGUGUAUGAUGAGUAUGAGAGCAGAAGCUUCAGCUACGACGCUCCUCGUCUCCCCUAUGUGGCUCAGCUCGCCAAGCAGCUGCUGACAAUGGAGAAGGAUGGCACGCUUGACUCGGUGAAACUUGUCCUCGACGUGUGGACGGAUAUUCUCGUGUACGCGGGCAACAAGUGCAGCAGGAAGGCGCACGCCGAGAAGCUCAACAGCGGCGGCGAGCUGACGACCAUCCUGUGGCUCAUGCCAGAACACUUUUACCAACUAUACCUGGGGACCCUGAUCAGAAGAAAGAAGAUGGACCUGGGAGAAGGCAUCAGUCACGCAGGGGCAUGA